UGACCAUAACUUCUGAAUGCAGAGUUAACUCAAUAAUCUUACCUGCAUCCCCGGCAGGUUCCCCUGAACAGGAGAGUGGGCCAUGGUGAUGCUGCCUCGUCCGCAGGGAAGAGAGCUCCUCCUCGGCUUCACUUGUGUUUACAGUCCUGGCUCUGGUACCGUUCACGUUAGCACUCCUCCAGGACACCUUGUCGAACAGGCCGACUGAGAGCCGCUCAGGGCAGGACGGGAAUGCUGUGCUACCUCCAUUUGAGAAAAACCCGGCCGGUGAAUGUGAGGGGGGAAAACACCAAAAGACGAAUUCAAGCCGCGUUUCACGGAGCAUCACGACCUGCCUCUUGUGAAGCCAAGGAGAGGAAAAGAUGGACAUCACGGACCAAGGAGCUCAAAUGGAGCCGCUCUUACCCACGGAACCAAGUUCCCAAGGAAAUAAAGAUGUGAGAGCUGAUGAGGAGGCAGUGGUGGACCGUGGAGGCACACGCUCCAUGCUCAACACCAACUUCGAGAAGGAAGAACUCGAAGGUCACCGCACCCUCUACAUCGGGGUUCACGUUCCUCUGGGCAGGAGGUCACACCGACGUCACCGUCACCAUGGACACAGACACAGGAAGAGGUCCAAGGAGAGGGACUCUACAACUGAUGAUGGGAGAGAAUCUCCGUCUCACACAGACACUCCAGCUCAGAGGGUGCAGUUCCUGUUGGGGACAGAGGAUGCCGAUGAGGAUCACAUCCCCCAUGCCCUUUUUACGGAGCUUGACGAAAUCUGCCUCAGGGAGGGGGAGGACGCCGAAUGGAAGGAGACAGCCAGGUGGCUCAAGUUUGAGGAGGAUGUCGAGGACGGUGGCGAGCGGUGGAGUAAACCCUACGUAGCCACUCUGUCUCUACACAGCCUUUUCGAGCUCCGUAGCUGCAUCAUGAACGGCACCGUGAUGCUGGACAUGAGGGCCAACUCGCUGGAGGAGAUCGCAGACAUGGUUCUGGAUCAGCACGAGUUGUCAGGUCCUGUAGGUCAGGAUGCCAGGAAGAGGAUCCGCGAGGCUCUGCUCAAACAGCACCACCACCAAAACCACAAGAAACUGGCCAACCGCAUACCCAUUGUACGCUCCUUCGCUGAUAUCGGCAAGAAGCAAUCUGAGCCUCAUUCCAUGGACAAGAAUGGCCAAACCGUCUCACCUCAGUCCCAGCCGACUAACAAUGAGGGCAAACAGGACGUGAGCAGAGAAAACAGUGCUGUGGACUUCAGCAAGAUUGACCUCCACUUCAUGAAGAAGAUCCCUCCCGGUGCUGAGGCGUCUAACGUCCUGGUGGGGGAGCUGGAAUUCUUAGAGCGCCCUGUGGUGGCCUUUGUCCGCCUGUCCCCUGCUGUGCUGCUCAACGGCCUGGCCGAGGUUCCCAUCACCACCAGGUUUCUUUUCAUCCUGCUCGGCCCUUUGGGAAAAGGUCCACAGUAUCAUGAGAUCGGCCGGUCUAUUGCUACACUCAUGACUGAUGAGAUUUUCCAUGAUGUUGCCUACAAGGCCAAAGACAGGAAUGACCUGGUGGCAGGCAUCGAUGAGUUCCUGGACCAGGUGACGGUGUUACCUCCUGGAGAGUGGGACCCCUCCAUCAGAAUAGAGCCUCCCAAAAACGUGCCCUCUCAGGAAAAGCGGAAGAUUCCCCCUCUUCCCAACGGAGUGACAGAUCUUGGAGAGUCUGAGGAACACGGAGGACACGGUGGCCCUGAGCUGCAGCGCACUGGGAGGCUCUUCGGCGGGUUGUUCUUGGACAUUAAACGGAAGGCUCCUCACUACAUUUCCGACUUCACAGAUGCCAUCAGCCUGCAAUGUCUGGCCUCCUUCCUCUUUCUCUACUGCGCCUGCAUGUCACCUGUCAUCACCUUCGGAGGACUCCUGGGUGAGGCCACAGAGGGACGGGUGAGUGCUAUUGAGUCCCUGUUUGGGGCUUCCAUGACUGGAAUCGCCUACUCUAUUUUCGCGGGGCAGCCGCUCACCAUCCUGGGCAGCACUGGGCCUGUGCUUGUCUUUGAGAAAAUCCUCUUCAAGUUCUGCUCUGAGUACGGCCUCUCCUACCUCUCCCUGAGGGCCUGUAUUGGCCUGUGGACGGCCUUCUUCUGUCUGCUGCUGGUGGCUACAGAUGCCAGCUCGCUUGUCUGCUACAUCACACGCUUCACUGAGGAAGCUUUCGCUGCGCUGAUCUGCAUCAUCUUCAUCUACGAGGCUCUGGAGAAGCUGCUCCACCUGGGAACGCAUUACCCCAUCAAUAAAAACAACAACCUGCAGACCCUCACACAGUACUCGUGUGCGUGUGUGGAGCCCAUCAACCCCAGCAAUGACACCCUGCAGUUCUGGGAAGAGAAAAACAUCACAGUCUCGCAGGUCAACUGGACCAUGCUGGAGGUCAAGGAGUGCGAGAUGUUUCACGGGGAGUUCGAGGGCACCGCCUGCGGACCCCACGGCCCCUACGUCCCGGACGUCCUCUUCUGGUGCGUGGUCCUCUUCUUCUCCACCGUCUUCAUGUCCGCAUUCCUCAAGGAAUUCAAGACGAGCCGCUACUUCCCCACCAAGGUGCGCGCCUGCAUCAGUGACUUUGCUGUGUUCAUCACCAUCCUGACUAUGGUUCUGGUAGAUUACGCCCUGGGGAUCCCCUCACCUAAAUUGCAGGUCCCCAGCAAAUUCAAACCCACCAGGGAUGAUCGUGGGUGGCUGAUAAACCCUGUGGGGCCCAACCCCUGGUGGACCACCAUCAUCACCUUCCUCCCUGCUCUGCUAUGCACCAUCCUCAUUUUCAUGGACCAGCAGAUCACAGCCGUCAUCAUCAACAGGAAGGAGCACAAACUUAAGAAAGGCUGUGGCUACCACCUGGACCUGUUUGUGGUGGGGGUGAUGCUGGGUGUGUGCUCGGUGAUGGGCCUGCCGUGGUUCGUGGCAGCCACCGUGCUCUCCAUCUCCCACGUGAACAGCCUGAAGCUGGAGUCAGAGUGCUCGGCCCCCGGAGAGCAGCCCAAGUUCCUGGGCAUCCGAGAGCAGCGCUUCACCGGCCUCAUGAUCUUCACCCUGAUGGGCUGCUCCGUCUUCAUGACCUCUGUGCUAAAGUUCAUCCCCAUGCCUGUGCUGUACGGAGUCUUCCUCUACAUGGGGGCCUCCUCCCUCAGAGGCAUUCAGGUGAGCUGGGAAUACUGCAUGCUGGUGUUUCAUCAGAAGAAGAAUCAGGGUGAUUUCUUGUUUGUAUCUGUGCAGUUCUUCGACCGUCUGAGGCUGUUUGGCAUGCCGGCCAAACAUCAGCCGGACUUCAUCUACCUUCGUCACGUCCCUCUGAGGAAGGUGCACCUCUUCACCAUCGUCCAGCUCAGCUGCUUGAUUCUGCUCUGGGUCAUCAAGACCUCCAAGGCGGCCAUCGUCUUCCCCAUGAUGGUCUUGGCCCUGGUAUUCAUCCGGAAGCUGCUGGAUCUCAUGUUCAGCAAGAGAGAGCUGAGCUGGCUGGAUGAUCUGAUGCCAGAGUGGAAGAAGAAGAAACUAGAGGAUGCAGCAGAGGAGGAGGAGCACAGUAUUAUUGCAGAGGAAGAAGGCAAUGUACAAGUGCCAAUGGAGGUACACCUCAAGUGUGACCCUGCCACAGUGAACAUCACUGAUGAGAUGUCUAAAGGGUCUUUUGGGAGUGUGUGGAAGAAUGUCAACCCUAGUGAGAGCACGAAGAAGGAGCCAAGCGCCAAAAGCUCCCCUUCCUAACCUCUCAGAAGCUGAUAUCCCAAAAGUUCUAGCGGCGAAAAGCGACACAAGCGCCGGAGGCAUGAUAAGAGCUUGGACAGGGAGACAAGUUUGUGAUGACACCUACUUUCUGGCGGUGCCACUGUGCUGUCGAUCGGUAGAUCAAAAAACAAAAAAAGCUGUACCGUGCCACACUCAACCACCUUUGUACUGUGCUACACUGUGUUUUUGUCAUGUAAGUCUGUGUGCAAGUUGUGUAAAACAAAGAAUUUGUUAGAAACAGUAUUAACACAAGGAACCGGGACAUACACUUGUGUUCUUUUUCUAUGUAUAUCAAUGUUUGGUGAUACCAGCAACAGACGGAAGACCGGAAUUAUACGACACUUACGAUAGCUGCUGUGUCAAUGGGCCAAUUAAAUAACAAUUUUAAACAAUUUUUAAAUCUACUUUAUUUGUAUUUUGUAUGUUUUUAUAUUUUUCCAACGAUAGUUGUAAGUUGUCCUUUAAAAAACCUGCCGCAGCCAACUGCAGACGUGUGGACUUUGUGUGCAGUAUUUAAUGCCACUAUUGACUUCACCUCUAAAAGUAGAUUUGCCAUUACUAAUCUAUUCCACUGGUAUCCAAGAGUUGGCUAUAUAGCAAAACUAGUCAUGUUUUUCAAAGUAUUAAAUAUACAUUUUCUAUAUUCUGUAUAUCUAAAUGUUUUGUGACAGUAACAGCUCAUAUCACUCCAUAGUUUCUCCCAUUUCUAUUCUACAGAUGAAUGUCUCUCCUCCAGGAAAGCAUUCCCCGGACGAGUUAAGGGAAUUAGCCUUAUGAGUUUUCUGCUAGAUGACAAGAUCGAUCCCCCUCUCAAGCCUGUAGACUGAAUAUAAAGCUAGAGCUCAAGACUGCAGACACUUACACAGCUAGGCUGGCUCUGACCAAAUGUAACAAAUCAGCCAAAAUGCCAGUGAAUAAAACUUUGCACCUUGUUUGUAUUAUCGGUGCAAAAACCAAAAUGUUUUUUGUUUGUAUUUUUAGCAGGUAGAUUGCAUUAGCUUCAUGUUUAGCAAACAGACUCGAGAGCGGUAUUGGUCUUCUCAUCUAUCUCUAUACAAGAAAAGUGAAUGAGCACAUUUAGCAAACAUAGCUUUUCCUUUAAUGACGGUAAUCGCUUACUGGCAAACAUUUCCAUGCUUCCAUUAAAGCAUAUUCUUCUGACGUUCACAACCUGCAGCUUCUUGCCUUGGCUUUUGAAUCCCUUUUUCAUCCAUUUUGCAAAUACUGAACUAGAGUGACACUAUUUUAAGCUCUACGUCCACCUGCAUACUCUGUCAUCUUGUCAGUAAGUGUCAUCCAUGGACAUGUGAUCUCCUAUCCAAACGACCCUCAAUAUUUUAGCAUCUGAAGCUAAUUGUUUUUAAAAAAACACCUGCAUGCUGUUGACUCUGCUGCAGGACCGUGGUUACUUCUAGAGAUGCAAUAAUACCUUUUUUCUGGGAAGGGCAACAUGUAAUCAAUGGUAAAGAGUCUUAACAAUGUAUAAAACAUAGUAUAUUUUAUUCCUGUAAAGUGUUACUAAUAUAUUACUAACAUGAAGUCAGUGUUGAAGGCAGGUUUUGUUGUAGAUGUUCUUUUCCCAUUGUCUAAUUGAUGGUUCUUAGUUGUUUAGAGAAACUAAUAAGGGGUCAGAAUUAUAUCAAUAUCAAAUAUUUUGACCACUUCUGUGUGGAAUUCUGCCUUAAAUUUGGUAGUGAUAGAUGUACACUUUCUGUUUGAAUAAUUUAAGACACCUGUAAAGAAACCUAUCAGUUCAGAUUUGUUGUUAUAUUGUGCUUUGUUUAUUGCGAAUGGGAGCGAGAGUGAUUGAGAGCAUAAAUAAAGAUCUAAAACUCUG